GUCCAACGCCCGGUCACGUUUAUCUUUGCAAAAGAACGGCGGUCAAUUUAAUAUUCGAUGUUGAUGAUUUGAACUGUUGCCAGCUGCGCAGUUUGUACUGAGACCCUUCACUUCGAAUGUGAGGUUGAAUCGGGACAGUCAACCAAGCAGCAAUACGUCUGAUACAUGUGCGACAUGUAACGGCUCACCUCCACCAAGCUGCGCCUUCCAACAAAACAACCACCUGCAUCUGCGGAAUCCAUUGAAGAACUGUGCGCGUGUUUUCGAGAAAGCGUUUCCAGCACAUUACCAUAUACGAAGCGAGCAUUAACACAUCAUGGCCGACAACGACGUAGCAACCAGAGCUCCGGAGAGCGAUGCUCAAGAGCAGCCCACAGCACAAGCACCGGCGGCGGGAGAGCACUGCGUCACGGACAGACCGACCCCUGCCGGCGUCUCUUCCACUGGCGAGAUCGUCAAGCUCGGCCAGACCGAUAUCGAUGUCUACAUCUCCAAGCCUUCCGACUACCCUCAUGCGCCCGCUCGCCUUCUCCUCCUCCUGACAGGGGGCACUGGUAUCAAGUCCGUCAACAAUCAAAUCCAGGCCGACCGCUUCGCCAGUGAAGGUUACCUCGUUCUCAUGCCUGACAUGUUUGGUGGCGACACCGCCCCUGCCGCCCCCAUGGUCGACGAUUCCGCCUCGCUCCUCGAAAAGUUCAAGAUCCGAGCCGCCGAGAUGGCAAAGAGCUUCGUGAUUGACAUGUGGCUGGCGAGAAUCACACCCGACAAGGUCAUGCCUCGGCUGCACAAGGUCGUCGAGACGGCGAGAGAGCAACACGCUGAAGCAAUACGGCACGGGGACGGCAUCUAUGCAGUCGGCUACUGCGUUGGCGCACGGUUCGUCAUGCACCUCGCCCAGGAGCGCGAAGCUACAUCUGGUGGCGAUGAAGAGGCCGCGAAGCAAAAGGAGCCACCCCUGAUCAAGGCUGGCGCAUUGGCCCACCCUGCCAGUGUCGCGCCUGACGACUUCAAGGGGCUCAAGGCGCCUCUGAGUUUCGUUUGUGUUGAAAAUGAUCCUUUGUUCCCAGACGAAGUUCGCUCAGCGGGCGAGGACCAAAUGGCCGACGCAAACGUAGAGCACGAGGUGCAAGUGUACCCCGGUGUUCCUCACGGCUUUGCGGUGGUCGGCGAAUACCAAGACCAGUCCAUUAAGGAUGCGCAGGCGACAGCGUACGACCAGAUGCUCAAGUGGCUGCAGAAUCACUAGUCCAAGUAUC